GAAAUGUUGUUGACAACGGACCCAUCAAACCCAAACAACGCUGAGGCGGUGGGAGGCGGCGGGGAAUAUAAGCAGCAGGAUGGAGACACGACGCCAGACGCUCCCUUCCCAGCCGCUGCCAAGCAUUCAUCGUGGCUCAGGUGAGGCAUGUGGUCGCUAGUGGGUGCAGUGGCGAUCGUCGUCGCCGCCGCCGCAGCUUCCACAUUCACCAUCACCGGGCUGGAUUACGAAAACGUGGUGCCUCACUACGCCACCAACAAACACCUCAUUGUUGACUUCCAGAUGGUCGCACGAGGCCCGCUGGGGCCACACAUGCUCCUGGAGUGCAACAGCCGAUGUGUGGCGCAUCCCUCGUGUUAUUCCUUCGUGGUGAAGCCUGGCAGCCGCCGUUGCUUUCUCUCGCGCCUGAACCGCUGCAUCGACAAGGACUCGAUUCUCCUUUCCGCACCAGGUCAGUUCUACUACGAGAAAUUUGAGAUCACUCCGUCCCCUCCGCCCACAUGCUACGCCUCUUGCCUGAUGGGCAACAUCACCUGCCAGGAUUGUGGUCGACCUAACUGCUGGGGUGACCGUUGUCAGCACUGCGCAACCACCUGCUGGGAGCGGAUAGACAAGUCCCAAAACAGUACAAUUCUUUUCAAAAAAUCUCAAACAAAGAUUCACACUGUCAAGUGCAACGGCAACUGGCAGCUGUGGUGGAAAGGGGAACAGUCUGCUCCCGCCCUCACCCCCGACGAGGCACUGUUGCUGCACCUGGCAGUCAUCUACGGGGACGGCCGCACCCUCAACGCCUACUUCGACUCCGUGCAAGUUACAGCUGGCGGUGCCCUCAGCGUGGGCAACCUGACCCAUGAAGACGGGGCCGGUAAUUGGUGGGAGGCGCCCUUCACUAAUCGGCCGCUCCAAUCCUUCCCAGACAGCAACUGUUACAACUUUUACACCCCAGAGACUACUUGCGUCUCCCUCACGACACCGCUCGCGGAACAGCAGAUACUGGACUAUAACGAAACCAUUUACCGAGGUUAUCCGUGGCUCACUGGCGACGACAGCUACGACAACGUAUCCAUUAGCAACAUACAUUUCUGGGUAAGGUGUGCCCAGUGUGAAUGAAUGAUGCAGUGAAGGGACGUACCAUCUUGGGUUCUUCACCGCUCUUUGUUUAAUGUUUACGUACCCAAUCCUGCUCCGGCAUUUAUUUUUACACUCGGCCCGUUGCACCGGUAGGCUAUCUUGAUGGGGCCUGCUGACAGGCCCCAGCCCGUUCGUGGUGCAGGUAGGUGUUCAUAGUGGCGCCAUCUUGUUUGGCUCUUGCUGUCCCCCGGAACUCAUCUUAGCGUCACUGUAGAGAGUCUCGCUACAGUCCAGGUUAAUAAGUGGUCUUAGAGACAAACAUGAAGGCAGAUUCAAGCCUCUCGGCGAUGACUAUAAACUGUCAGCUCGUAGCGGCGGGCGGGACUUGAACCCGCGUCCUCCAGGACGCCGCGUCCGCACGCUGACCACUCAGCCACCGCCUCUCUGGAUGGUCUGUUUUCAUCCUUUAACCUGGUCCUCUGCUUCCCCUGAUUUCUCUCACAACUUCUGGGCAGUGGUGGGCACCGCUAGCCGAAAAGUUAGCUUCGCUAACGUGCACUAACUAAAAAGUUAUAGCUUCGGUUACGCUAACCCGCUAAACUGAUAAAGAAUUUAAUGGAAGCUAAACGCUAACCCCUAACUUUUUUGUAUAUGGAUUUAGCUUCAGUUUAGUAUUUUGGCUCUAAAGCCCCGUCUGUCCGUUAACGAUGGUCUCCUUGGGUUGGCACAUGACGCAUCGGAAGUGCAAGACAUUGGCGUUCGUCAUAUCUCUUGAUUUACGGACAAAGUCCUUUUCCAGGUGAGGCCACGGGUUCUGGGAACUUCUGGGACUCUGGCCGUCAGCUUGAGUGACCUGCGCCUCACCCUCGGCUGCAGCAUCCUCAGGUGGAACAAAAACGUCCUCACUCGGGUCACCUUCCAUGACGUCGAUAACGAUAGACAAGGCGACAAUAAUGAACGCGACUACACGGUGACAACGUCGAAGCUGAACUGAACGAAGACCCCAAUAAGCAACAACAAGAGAAGAGAAAGAAGCCUCCAGUUUAUCCUAAAUCCGUAUACUUUACCCAAGGUUUCCCGCAAAUAUACGCAUUAUUUACUUUUUCCAUAACUGACACUUUUAUUUUUUUGUCAGGUGGAAAAUAUGAAUUUUUGUUAUUAAAUCCCGAGUCCAAAGAGUUGGAAAUGGUAGAUGUAUUACCCUAAGAUACCCAAAAGUUUCCCUAAUAAUUGUCCAAUUACCCAACUUUAAGGUGUAAUUUACCCAAAAGUGGAAGCCCUGGAAUUAUUGCGUCAUGUGGCUCAACUGGUGCUGUGUCUGCUCACAACGGACAAGACCAAACCUGUAUGAAAUUUUUAGUGGACUUAAGUUAGCGGAGGAGGAACUACACUUAGCGGAAGCUAAUUGAUCCGCAAACUGUUUCCAAAGUUAGCGGAAACGCUAAUCAGCUAACAAAAAAAAAAAGAAAAUAGCUUCGCUAAUUAGUGGAUUAGCGGAACCGUGCCCACUACUACUUUUGGGUUGGCACUCCGUUGCUUUCACUGUCUACCUGGCAUCAGUUCUACGAAUAUUAUUGCCUGUCCAAGUCAAUUUCUUAUUAUUAAUAGACAGACUAUCUUCAACCUUGCCUAUUCUCUGAUCCACGAUGUUAGUAGCACUCUAUCUCUCAAUCUCCCAUUGCAGCAUUUUUUCUCUCCAUUCUUCUUUGUGCGCUUCUAGGCUUUCUCUCUACAUAUUUUGUGAGGCACAAAGUUUCUGAAGCAUAUGUUAAGACUAGCAGAACUUAUUGACUGUACACCAUGGAGAGUAGCAGGUUGCUAUUCAUGGCAUUACUAUGUUUACGAAAAGCACUCCAUCUAAUUCCUAUUUUCUUAAUUAACGAUUUAUCUUUCUUGGUCUGGGUUUGCACCAACUGUUUGUCCGAGAUAAUUAUUUGUAUUCUGCUCUCAGAGGUGCGUCCUUCCCGAUCAUUACUUGUUUUCCUGCCAACGGACUCGACUACGUUAUCUUCGUGUUCUUUAUUUCUAAUUUUUAGACCUUUCAGGCUUUCUCUGUUUUGUUCCUCGAUCACUGGCUGCAGGUUUUCCUCAAACUCACUUAAGAGGACUGUCACAUUUGAGUCUUAGGUUGUUAAGGUAUGCUCCGCCUGUCUUGAUUCCCAUGUCAUCCCACUAGUUUUUUUAAUACUUCUAAGCAAGAAGUAAAUGAAUGUGGAAAGUUGUGUCACCUUACUUAACGCUUUUCCAAAUUAUUAUUAUUAUUAUUAUUAUUAUUAUUAUUAUUAUUAUUAUUAUUAUUAUUAUUAUUAUUAUUAUUAUUAUUAUUAUUAUUAUUAUUGUUAUUAUUUUUUUGCUUUCUUGAGGAGUUUAAUGAUUGCCGUGUAGCUCCUAUAUACAAAUUAUCUUCAAACACCUUUCUUUAUGCACUGCUCAUCCACACCCUGCCCCCUGAAUGCCUGCACGACUCCUGAAGUUCUGAGUCAUUCUUUCUUAUUAUAUAUGAAAGCCAUGUAGGGUGAUUUACUGUACUCUGCAGAAUUUUUGGCAGCUUCGUCAUUGGCGAGAUGUGUCCAAUUAUUAAGUAAACACCUUUUAAAAAUGUCAUUUCGUGCUCAGCAAAAGAUUUAGAUUUACUUUUGUUAUCAUUCCACAUGCAUUGUUUUCCUUCAGCAGAAUUAUACAACUUCAACUUAACAGUAUGAUUAGUGUUUGUUAGUGUUUUCUUGACUGCAAGGUUUCCCACGUAACUGCCUUUAUCUCGGUACUUGACAAUUUCACUCGGUUACACCUGCAUGUCCUGAAGAUUUCCGAACAUUUUCUGAAAAUGUAUAUUGCUCUUCUUUAACACGCAGGCCAUGGCACGCGUAGCAUUUUUACGAGUUUAAUAUUACUCUGACAAAUAAAUCGAGGCU